AUGAUGCAUCCCCCAUUGCCUCGUCCUCCUCUAUCUCCCGUUGGCUCAGACGUAUCUCUCUCCAUGAAGGCUGGCGCUUCGUGGGGGUCUCGUAGCUCUGAGAAUGAAAAUCUACUAGUGGUUGACGAUCUGUAUAACGAAGCCGGCCUGCGCAUUGUCUGGUCGAAAGUUGGAUGUAACGAUGACUCGGAGGGCAAUGCAGACAAAGCGGAACCUGGAGGUGUAGAUGGGGAGUUAGGAAGAAUUGGCGAUCGUGUUGUUUCGAAUUUGAACUCGGCCGGUUUAUCCAGCAAACAUAUACCUUUACCUGACGAUGCUCAUGGUAUGGUAUUCCUACCCAGAUCUCAUACGCUCGAUACAAUCGAAGAUAUGAGCGAAAUCCAACCCUUCCCAUCCACGGCAUCCAUCAUGUUCCUGGGAACGGAUGAAUAUAAGGGCGAAGGUCCUCCUCCAGGAGGCUUCGCAAGCAGUAGUCCUAAUCCUUCGGUCCCGACAAUGCCCCCUCCUGGGUGUGUCAUUCGUAGGCUUGUCCCGUCUUUUUGCUCUGCCCAGGAUUCUGGAGUAGAUUUAUCGUACGAUCCAGAUGUCAAUUCCUGCAUGGAAGCAGACAUGAGCUAUAGCGUCGACUUCGCAGAAGUAAGAAGCAAGGAUACUAUUUCAAUCGCUAGCACCAAGGACCAUCAUGAAGUUCGAGAAGAAGCAUCAAUCUUCAGUUCCAGGCCCUCGCUCCAUUGCCUUCCUUAUCCACGUUCACCGGGCCAGAUGCGUCCUCUUUCUACCGUCAUGAUGCCUGAGGCCACACUCUCAGAUUCCCCCGUUUCUUGUAGUCCAACAACUUUCACCCGAAGAAAUAGCUUUGCACAUGGUAAACACGACGAGAAGCCUGGAUCGAAUCGAUCAAUUCCCCAAACUCAAUCUGCUUCUGCGAAGAAUGUCCAAGUUUUCACACCCCUUGGCGCUGGUGCUGGACCCACGAAAAGGAUACAUCAUGUCCAUCCCUCGAUUCCCCCCGUUUCACGUUUCAACAGAUCACGACCCUCCUUACCAAUGACCAGCCCAUCAGUAACGAAACAUCGUUCGCGUCGAUGUUCCCUCCCUGCAACUUAUAGACAGGCUCAAAAUGAGGGCCACUGCAGCAUACAAAGGAAUAGCUAUGCCGGUCGAUCGGCUUCUCACAAUCCUCCUAAUGAAUUAGGUAUGCAGACGUCGCCUCGAUCGAGGCGGAUGUCUGAAUCAUGGACGCUAGAGGAAGAGCUUACGAUUUCAGUCUUGAAUGCGAUGGAAUUCCCCCGGUUGGACCAUGGUUUAUGUAACGGAGAGAGUGGUCGCACUACUACUCACGGUUCCUUGCCGAAUCGGAGAGAAAUUCAAACUAGUCGCACUCGACGUACAGCAUUGAGUAUUUUUGGUUCAAUCCGUCGUCGAACUGGCGACCAAGGUCGGGUAUCGACGCCCUUCAUUACGCCUGCUGUUGCUACUGCUUCUACGGAGCCGUCUCAGGGCAGGAAACGCAGGCGUUCGUUCUUAAUGAAGAGGCAGCAGAGACCGACAUCUUCAUCAGAGGUGGCACCUCCACCGUCGCCCAAGAAGGCCCUCGGAAAAUUUCUCAAGAAACUCAGACAGUUAUCGGGACUUGCAUCACUAUAGACCUA